AUGCUCUAUCAACACCUGUUCAAUUUCUUGGAAUACAGCUUAGAUCAGUUCUAUACCACCAUUUCGAUCUUUUCAGUCGACAUCAGCACUUUUCUUAAAGACCAUUUUAACUGCCUCAUAAUAGACAAAUAUGUCGUCUACUCCAAGUUUCGACGCACUAUGCGCCUGCGAGGUGCUGGCGUAAAAUCAACGCUAUCUCUGGACUCCAUGGUUUCCAUGGUGAGCCAUGCUGAAAAGCAUUCCAUAUCCCAGUAUCAGGGCCCAAAGGGUCGUCUGUUCGUCUCGGCCAAGGAGAGGGAACGUAUUCUUGGCCAGAUCUCCCUGUUCCCCAACUGCAUGCCGAACGACUUUAUUCUGCCGUCAUGGUACGCACUAUCGCGUUUUAUUGCUGCCUACUUCAAUGUUUUUCACGAGCACUAUCCCUUCCCCCAUCUUCCUACUUUAGACGAAGAACCGGCGGUAUACGAAGCGCUGUCAAUCCGCAGCGUGCUCGAUUCGCUGAUUCGCGAUGAUGAGUUGAAGCAUGCGCAAGAGUCUUCUUCAAGUAACUGGAAGGACUGGGUCAAGUACGAAUCGCUUGAACGCACCAAGUUAAUCGUCUUCUGCUUCUUCAAUAUCCACACCAUCGUAUUUGAUCUGCCCCUGAUGAUGCUCUCAGGUGAGCUGCACUCGGAUCAUCCUUGUUCUGAACACAAAUGGAAAACUGCAAGUGAGACUCUUUGGAGAGAAGUUUCCAACGGUCUCACUCCGCCGCAGGACUUUCAAACCGCCUUCGAACAACUCUUCAUUGCUCGCGGCGACGAAUCUUAUUCCAUCUGCUCUGCCGGCUUCUCCUCCCCUGGUGGAUUCAUAUUGAUACACGCUGUGAUUCAGCGCAUCUGGCUUGUACGAAAUGCCACGAUACCUGGUCAGCAGUACCAACAGCUCUCGCUGGAACGAAUGAACUCGUUCGAGAGAGCCCUCAAAGCUUGGUCGAUCUGCUGGGAGAGCAAUGACGAAUCCUCGAUGAAUCCUCUCAGCCCAAACGGACCGUUAUAA